GGUUGGUAUUUUAUUGUAAUACAAACCAGUGAAGAUGACACCAAAACAUGAAAAACAAGAAUUUGUAACUGUCUUGGUGCGAGAUCCCAGAAUGCAGAAAGAAGACUCCUGGCAUUCUUACAUAGACUAUGAGAUAUUUAUUCAUACAAACAGCAUGUGCUUUACAAGGAAAACAUCCUGUGUCAGACGCCGCUUCCGAGAGUUUGUUUGGCUGCGGCAGAGGCUCCAGAGCAACGCGGUGCUGAUACAGCUACCUGAACUGCCAUCUAAAACUCCCUUUUUCAACAUGAACAAUCCUCAUCAUGUGGACCAUCGCCGGCAGGGUCUGCAAGAAUUCCUGGAAAAGAUCCUACAAGAUGCAUUGCUGCUCUCAGACAGUAGGCUUCAUCUCUUCCUACAGACUCAGCUAAGCCCAGAAGAUAUGGAGGCUUGUGUGUCUGGGCAGACCAAAUACUCUGUUGCUGACGCGAUUCAUAAGUUUGCCUCUUUGAACAGACGUUUCCCUGUAGAGGAUGAAGAGAGAAAAAAAGGGGAAAACAAUGCAGACUCCGACUCAGAGAGUUCAUCCUCCGGGCUAGGACCCAGUGAUGACAGCAUUUCAUGCAGAUGUAAAGAAAACCCAGCUUCUGAAGAAUCAUGAAAAAUCAUUCCUGUAUUGCUCUCUUAAGGGCAAUACACAGCAGAUUCUGCUCCGUUUACUGCUUACCACACGAACGCAGCUGGCUGGCAACGUCUACCUAAAAGAUACAUUAUCCAUACAACUUACGUGCCCUU